GUAUACGGAGUCCCCUCCCCCAGAGCUGGUAGUCAUUGAGACCCCCUAUCUGUGCCAGUGUUACUUGGCCCUGUGACCCCCCAACUGUCUGCUGCCUACGUGAUCACCCCCCCCAUCUGCUGCCAUCUUGUUACCCCCAUUGGAUUGCCCCCUGAGGGAUGCUGCACCAGGAGUGACUUGGGGAUAAGGUGACCGGUAAGGGGGACUUAAACCCCAAAAGAAGAGGCUGUGCGCUCCGCUUCGGGGGACUUGAUGGUCUUGCCCUCUGUCUGGCUUCUAUAACCAAGAGAGAGAAGGCGGGCGGCUGCAUCAUGUCAGGGAGGCCGAGAACCACUUCCUUUGCGGAGAGCUGUAAACCCGUGCAGCAGCCGUCGGCGUUUGGCAGCAUGAAAGUGAGCCGAGACAAAGAUGGCAGCAAAGUGACGACGGUGGUGGCGACCCCGGGGCAGGGCCCGGACCGCCAGCAGGAGGUCAGCUACACGGACACCAAGGUGAUCGGGAACGGCUCGUUCGGCGUCGUCUAUCAGGCCAAGCUCUGCGACUCGGGGGAGCUCGUGGCCAUCAAGAAAGUCCUGCAGGACAAGCGCUUUAAGAACCGAGAGCUUCAGAUAAUGAGGAAGCUGGAUCACUGCAACAUCGUGCGGCUGCGCUACUUCUUCUACUCGAGCGGAGAGAAGAAGGAUGAGGUUUAUCUGAAUCUCGUGCUGGAUUACGUUCCCGAGACGGUGUACAGAGUCGCCAGACAUUACAGCCGCGCCAAGCAGGCCCUGCCCAUGAUCUACGUCAAGUUGUACAUGUAUCAGCUGUUCCGCAGUUUAGCGUACAUCCAUUCCUUCGGGAUCUGCCACCGAGACAUCAAGCCCCAGAACCUGCUGCUCGACCCGGACACGGCGGUGCUGAAGCUCUGCGACUUCGGCAGCGCGAAGCAGCUCGUCCGCGGAGAGCCCAACGUGUCCUACAUCUGCUCCCGGUACUACAGGGCGCCAGAGUUGAUCUUUGGAGCCACCGAUUACACGUCCAGUAUAGACGUGUGGUCGGCGGGCUGCGUGCUGGCGGAGCUCCUCCUCGGGCAGCCCAUCUUCCCCGGGGACAGCGGGGUGGACCAGCUGGUGGAAAUCAUCAAGGUUCUAGGAACUCCGACGCGGGAGCAGAUCAGAGAAAUGAACCCCAACUACACCGAGUUCAAGUUCCCCCAGAUAAAGGCGCAUCCCUGGACAAAGGGUUAUGUCUUUUUGCAGGUAUUCAGGGCGCGCACCCCCCCCGAGGCCAUCGCGCUGUGUUCGCGGCUGCUGGAGUACACGCCAACCGCACGCCUCACCCCCCUGGACGCCUGCGCCCACUCCUUCUUCGACGAGCUGCGAGACCCCAAUCCCAAGCUUCCCAAUGGCCGGGAUUUCCCUCCACUCUUUAACUUUACCACUCAAGAAUUAUCGAGCAAUCCCUCCCUAUCGUCCACCCUCAUCCCAUCGCAUGCACGGAACCAGGCCCCGGCGUCUGCGCCCACGAACGCCACCGCCACAUCAGAUUCUAACGCCGGGGAUCGCGGGCCGACCACCAACGCAGCCUCAGCCUCCGCCUCCAACUCUACCUGAGCCAAUAAGAAGCAUGUUCAGCGCACGGGCGAAAAGGGCAUAGUAGCAAAGGGGCGGGGAAUCAGAGAGGGGGAACACCCCCUUCCCUGAGGCCCCUCCCACAAAACACUGGCCACAUUUAUCAAAAAAAAAAAAAUGAAAAAAAUAUAUACAUAAGAAACUGUAAAGGAAACGCCAUCUUUUGUUGAUUUUAGUGGUUCAGUUUUUUUUAUUAUUAUUAUUGUUAUUUAACCUUGUAAAAUAUCUAUAAAUACAGUUUUUCUUUAUUUUAUUUUCAUUUUUUAUCUCAUUAGUGAUCUAGGGGAGAGGGGGGACGUAAUUAAGUGCUGCACCUCUCCUCUCUCCUGGUCCGAUUUAACUACUCGUGUGCCGGUGAGCAGCAGCUCCAGCAGAUGAGGGUUAAACGGGGAUGUUGCCGCCACUCCUUCCAGCCCCCCGCCUGAUGUUUUCCUAGGGAUUCUGCUGUAAUCGCCAGUGGCCGGCCGGGGCCGGUAGCCCAUCCAAAAAAAUAA